GUAAAAGUCACAAAGGUCCCACACACAAUUUGCUCCAAUCUUCCAUCAAACUGUCUUUCUUCAAAGUCUUGUUUCCACAUGUUUGAGUCAACUUAACGUGUCCAUUACACAACAACAUUAAUGCAAUCCUAUUACAAAGCAAAUCCAAACUAACAAAAAAAGUUGUUUUUGUUUAACUGUUAGAUGUUUUUUAUCCAAAAGGGUUCAUCAUGGAUAUGUUUUCUUGGUUUUCUGUCUUCAUUUUCUUUCAUUUUUGGUGCUUUGAUUCAUCUCAAGGACAGAAAACAUCUUACUUAAACUGUACUAAUGACUUCCAAUGUGGAAAGUUAACAAAUUUGAGCUUUCCUUUCUAUAAAUCCACUGAACAUGAUUGUGGAUUAAGAAAAGUUGAUUGUGAUGUUAGUCCAAAUCCUAUAAUUGAAUUGGGUGGAGUGACAUAUCAAGCUCUUGAAAAAUUUGAUGUGUUUAUCACACUUAAGGACACUAGUCUUGAUGGACUUUUGAAGACUCACAGCUGCAAGAUUUUUGAUAAGAAUGUGUCCAUCCCUAUCUCUCCUUCAAUCACGUAUCGAUUCGAUCGGUUACUCAAUUUGUUCAAAUGCAACAGUAGCCAGAAGAGAAUACAUGAUGAUUUUUUCAAAUCAAGAAGUUAUCAAAGUUACAAUGAGUGUGAAGAUUUCAUACUUUACUAUAACACAUCACUUAGUUAUUACCCAGGAUUUCUUCGUAGCGGCUGUUCGUUUAUACGAUUGCCCGUGGCACGGAGUUCAGAAGCGAAAUCGAAUGAUAGUGGAUUAUUUCAUCUGUUAACUGAUGAAGUUGUACUAGGAUGGACUGUUUCUGAUGAGUGUAAUAGGUGUUAUUUUACAGGAGGCAAGUGUCAAACUGAUAAUACUACUAACAACUUUCUUUGUUCUGAUACCAACAAUGGGGCUGAAAAUCAUCGGAGAAAGGUGAAAGUGAUAGUUGCAGCUUCAGCAUUUAUCGGUUCCCUUAUUGGACUCUGCGCAAUUGCUUGUUUUCUAUGGUUUUACAAGAAGAAAAAUGAUUCUUCAUCAAUUCUUUCAAGAAAUACAUCUGGUAUUUCAAUGAUUCAUCAUGAGCUCGAGGAACGUUGUGAAUACCUAGGGAUCCCGGUAUUCUCCUACACAGAACUUGAAGAAGCCACCAAUAAAUUCAGCUCUUCUAGAAAACUUGGUGAUGGAGGUUAUGGAACCGUGUACUAUGGAAAACUUCGAGAUGGAAAAGAACUUGCAGUUAAGAGACUUUACGAGCACAACCACAGGCAAAUGCAACAGGUUAUCAAUGAAAUUGAAAUUCUUACUCGACUUAGGCAUCCGAAUCUUGUUACUCUUUAUGGAUGCACAGCAAGACGUAGCCGUGAACUCUUCCUUGUUUAUGAGUACAUUUCCAAUGGAACAAUUUCUGAUCACCUGCACGGGCAUCGAGCGAAGGAUAGGUUACUAACAUGGCCUAUAAGGCUCAAAAUCGCCAUAGAAACUGCUAGUGCGUUGGCUUACCUUCAUGCUUCCGACAUCAUACACCGCGAUGUCAAGACUAAUAACAUUCUCCUGGACAAUGAGUUCUGUGUCAAAGUAGCAGAUUUCGGGCUGUCAAAACUCUUCCCUAAUGACGUUACUCAUAUCUCAACUGCGCCUCAAGGGACCCCGGGAUAUGUUGAUCCUCAGUAUCACGAAUGUUACCAGCUUACUGAUAAGAGUGAUGUUUAUAGCUUUGGGGUUGUCCUUGUUGAGCUUAUAUCAUCAAAGCCAGCUAUAGAUAUGAAUAGACAUAUGCACGAGAUUAGUUUGGCUAACUACGCGAUGAACAGGAUACUAAAAAGCGCAUACCAUGAGGUGAUCGAUCCAUUUCUUGGAUUUGACACAGAUGCUGAAGUUAGAAGGAUGACAAAAUCAGUCACAGAACUAGCUUUUCGGUGCUUGCAAGUUGUCAAAGACAUGAGACCUACAAUGGAAGAAGUACAUGAAACGUUGAAGACUAUAAAAGACGGUGAAUGGAAAGAUUAUCACAAAAAGGAUACCGAUAGCUAUCAUACCAAGCCAAGAACUGUAAAAUUUCGUCGUUAUCCUUCUGAAACAGAUGAUGCUGUGUUAUUGAAGAAAAACAUUCCAGCUUCACCUGAUACUGUGAUUGAUACAUGGGCUAGUAGCUCCACUACAACUAGUACUGGAGGGUGAUAUAAGUUGCUUGGACUCUCCAAAAAUGUGGCCGCACCCGUGUCAGAUCCUUCAAAAAUGCACUACUUUUGAAGGAUCCGACACAUACCCAAUGACAUUUUUGAAGAGUCCGAGCAACAUAUGUGAUAUUCAUAAUCCUUUUUUCCCCUUCAUGUUAGAGACACAUCAAGAUAAGCAUGACACCAUUUUUUUAUUGAGAUUUUUGCUUGUUGCAGCCUGUUUAAUUGGUUGAUGCUUAAGGCAUACAUAGUUCAUGAACAUAGUACAUGAAGCUUUC